UUUUAUUCUCUUCUCAAUGUUUUUAUGAUAUACAAGUUUUUAGCUUAUAUGUUCUCUUCACUCUGCCGUCUCGAGUCUCCACCGCCCUUUUGGCGAUCGCGUCGUCUCUCCUUCGAUUCGCUGUGUCCUCUCCGAAACCGUCUCGCAAUCUCAGCCUGUUCCAAUCUGAAACCCCGGUUUCCGACGGAGUACGUUUUUUUUUUUGGGUAAACUCCGCCGGAGUACGUUGUAUCAUCAGGCAUAAAGAGACAUCUUCUAAAAGAACAAAGUUCAUGGAUCUAGAUGACAUAUUCUUGGAGCCUGCUGCAGCUGGUGCCCGGGCUGGUGGAAAGUUUAAACCGAAGGCUAAACCUCGUCCGAAGAAGCUAGCCUCUGUUUCCGCUGCUGCUGAGCUUCCCAAUGGUAACGAAGAAACACCUCCAAUGCAAGAUUUAUCUUGUGGAGGGGAAGAUCCGGACGGUCUAAAGGGGGAGGUUGCGCGCACUAAAUCAGCAAACCUAAGCAAUACUUUGCCUUCUGAGACUGUUGUACCUGAUAGUGGCACCAUAAACCAAUUUACUGAUGGGACAAUCUUGGAAGAGAACGCAGACGUUUUCUCAGGGGGCAUUCAUUCAUCUAUGGAAGCAGCAGCUCUUCAUCCUUGGACAAAUGUGGAUUCGGAGAAAAGAAUGGAUGAUAACAUAGACAUACCUGUCUUUCCUGGUUAUCCUGGGACACAGGAUUCAGUAAUGUUCACGGAUUUUAUAGCUCCAGAAAUUGAUGGAGGUAUUCAUGCUCAAAAUGGAGGGACACAAACAGAGGAAGAAGAAUAUUGUUUGGACAUGGAAACUUUAGAUAUUAUAGAGAAGGGCACCACUACCUAUGGGCAGCAUUCUGGAAAGUUCCAACCAAAGCCAAAAUUUCAAGAUGAUGUACAAACUAGGAACCAGAGUCAAGAUGUCAAUGAGACACCUAAGUCUGUUUACGCUGCUGAUGACAUAGAUUAUGUGUCUAUGGGCGCUAGCACAUCUGAGUUUCUGGUGAAUGGGGACCUGAGAAAUGAAACUACUAAUGCGCAAAAUAACUUUUAUGGAGAUUUUCAAGAAGUUGAUAUUCCUGAAAUGGCUGGGGAACCUACUUCUAAGACGGAGAAAGAAAUCCCUUCUGGUGGAUGGGAACAUGAAGAGCAUUUUGAAUGCCAGGGGAACAGUACACCCACAGAAGAAGACAACUGUUGGGAACAUAUGGCAGAAGGACAAUCCGAGAGAGCUAGAGAUAUGGGGAAGUCAAAGAGAGAUGCAUUUGCGGAAAAAAAGCCUACUCAAAAGGGCCAAAAUGGAAAUGAAGCACCUGAUCAAUCUGGUGAAAAACCACCGAAGAAGUUCAAACAUUCAACUCGUCGUCAGCGAAGAAGAGCAUUGUCGAAGGAGUUGCUUGAAACCCCGGAUGAAGAUAUCCCCUUUUUGCCGAUUAGGGAGAUGCUCCAGCUUGUUGAUUAUAAGGAAUGGUUGGAGAAAAAGGAAGCAAAAGAAGCAGGAUCGACUCAGAACCAAGAAAGGAAAGCAUCUGAUGAUUUCGAGCCUCUGCUAAACUACCACACGUACGUGCAAAGGCAAGCUAGAGCACGAUGGUCAAAGCUAGAUACAGAGCGAUUUUAUGAGGGUAUUCGUGAGUUUGGGAGUGAUCUCUCAAUGAUACAGCAACUAUUUCCCGAUAGGACACGUGAACAGAUGAAGCUAAAAUACAAGUCGGAAGAACGUCGGCAUCCAAUGAAACUUAACAAUGCUCUUGCUACUCGUGUAAAAAAUCACUAUCAUUACCAGAGUGUGAUGAAGAAGCUUCAAGAAGCGGCUGCUAAAGCCGCCAACGAAAAAGAUGAAGCCUCAGCAGAUGAUGACUCACCAAACAUUGAGGCAGAGACAACUGAUGUUCCCAACAACGAUGAGCCGAUGAAAUCGGAGCCGUCGGAGAGAGAUGGUGAUGCAGCUGAAGGCAACCAAUCGGACGGUGGAGGAACUGCGGAGGAUGUGAGAUCGGAUGGCGGAGACGAUGAAGAUGAUGCCUACUGGAAUUCUUAUCAGAGCGAAUUGUGAUGAGAAUGGAGCUAUCACUGGUUCCAUUUUUCUUUUCUUUCUAUUUCUUUAGUUUUUUUUAAACAAUCUAUUGAUUGCUGCGUAAAAUUCUGAUCAUUUUCUUAGAAAUUGAGUGCUUACAUUUUUUUUUAUAUAUUUGGGGAAAUAGGCAACACACAACACAAACAGCCCCAAGUGUAUCUAAUGUAGACACUGUGAUUUACAUUAUGCUUCUCAACAAUUAUAAAGUUAGUAUUAUAUCAGUUUA